AUGAUUGAGGGGACAUCCAAAGCCUCACUCCUGCUGUUAGGACUGGUCAUCCUCCUUCCAGUCCUCCUCAUCCCACAACUGAAGGGAUGGAUCCGCAAAUCAUCCACGCCGGCGAAUCGGCUGCUGGACCUACGCUUCUGGCGCUGGCACCCCAAACAGUCAACCGAAAUUAUAUCACUGCGAAUGUACCCAAUUAAAUCAUGCCGAGGCUUCGAAGUGCAACGAGCCACUGUCAAAGAGCAUGGUCUCGAGCUUGACCGGCGCUGGAUGCUGAUUGAUGCUUCGAAAAACGAGUUUGUGACUAUUCGCCAAACGCCCAAAAUGACCCUGAUUGGAACGGCGCUCAGUCCAGAUGGAAAUGACCUCAUGAUUUCGAUUCCACGCCUGGGCCUAGAACGCGAAGAAUCAGCGGGUGCAUCCUCUGAUCCCAAAUAUGACGCGACAACAAACACAAUUCGCAUCCCUGCAUAUCCCACUCAAGAGUGGCUUCAAGCUCACACGUCUGUUGCAGACGUAAAGAUCUGGGGUCAUGAUACAGACGGAUAUAUAUACUGCGAUGAUAUAAAUGCUUCUUUCUCGUCUUUCUUGGGCUACCCCGUCGCAUUAGUCUACAAGGGCCCCAAGCCACGCGUUGUGCAAGGGAACGGCUCACUAGAGCGAGUCGGCCGCGUGCAGUCAAUAAAUUUCCCCGAUGAAUUCCCUGUUCUCGUCGCCUCGGAUGCAUCGCUGAACGAACUUAACACGCGUUUGCGCGAUAGGGGCGCGGAUCCUAUUACUAUCGAGCGCUUCAGGCCUAAUAUCAUCGUGCGUGGUGAAAAGCCAUGGAGCGAGGACUUGUGGAAGCUAGUACGAAUUAAGACAAUUUCCUCAAAAGAUAGCGGCGAUGCUGGUAUGCAAGAAGACCAAGCACCGCUUCUUAUGGAUAUCGUGACGCGAUGUGGCAGGUGUCAGGUUCCGAAUGUUGAUCCGGACUCGGCGGUUAAGAAUAAGAAGCAGCCGUGGGAUACUCUUAUGUCGUUUCGGAGAGUUGAUGCAGGGCUCAAAUAUAAGCCUUGCUUUGGGAUGAUGGGCAUGCCGCGAAAGGAAGGGGUUGUUGAAGUUGGAAUGCGCUUUGAGGUUUUAGAGGAGACUACCGAGCAUCGCUACAUCAUGUAG